AAUGGAGCCACUGCACUUCAAAUUGCGUGUGGAAAUGGGCAUUUCGACACGGCGGAGUUGUUGAUUGAGAGUGGCGCUUCACUUGAACUAGCAGCAGUUGAUGGCAACAAUCCACUGAUAGCCGCAGCCGUCUCCAACCACGCGUCUUUGGUGAAGUUGCUUAUUGACAACAACGCAUUCAUUGAUGCAGCCAACAAACAAGGCUGGACAGCAUUACUGGUUGCCACGAGCGCUAGGUUCACGGAUGUGGCGUCAAUUUUGCUGGACAAUGGGGCGAAUGUCGACAAACAACUACCAAAUGGAGCCACUGCCCUCCUGAUAGUAAGUGAAACCGGGUAUAUCGAUCUGGUCAAGUUGUUCCUGGAUCACGGGUCCUCAGUUGACUUGGGAGACGAAAGUGGAGAUACCCCUCUCAAACGCGCAGCCGAAAAUGGGCACGGUACUGUGGUGACGCAGCUGAUUGAAUACGGAGCAUCGGUUGAUGCAGCGAAUUACGAGGGUUGGACUGCAUUAAUGAGUGCAGCAGCUGAGGGCGAACUGGAGAUCAUAUCGUUGUUACUACAGAACGGAGCUCAUAUCGACAAGCAGCGACCAAACGGAGCUUCAGCGCUCUCGAUUGCGAGUGAGUAUGAGAAUCUCGAC